UCUUUAAUAUUUAGCUUAAGUUAUUUUAAUUGUUAUUCAAGAAUGGAGAAAGCUCACACAAAAGCUGCACUUAAGGUAAAAGAUGAACUCAACAAGGAUAUUCUCUAUGACAAAUUCAAGACUACUCAGAAACCUGUUGCUAAGGAACAUACGAAGCCACAAGAAUUUAAACUCCACACUUCUCAAAGAGCUUACAAACGUGCUAUGUUCAAUUAUUCUGUUGCAACUAAGAUUUAUCUUGAUCAGCUGCAAAAGAAACAAAUAGAGAGGGUCAAAAAGAUAAUAGAAGAGGAAGAGGUUCGCACGUUGAGAAAGGAAAUGAUCCCGAGAGCUCAGUUGAUGCCUUUCUUUGAUAGACCAUUCAAUCCACAAAGAUCAAACAGGCCUUUGACCAUACCAAGAGAGCCAAGUUUCCACAUGAUAAACAGCAAGUCUUGGAAUUGCCACUCAGCUGGAAAUGAAGUCUACCAUUUUCAAAGUUGGAACUAUUAAUUCAAUUUGUUUCAGUUUUCAUCCAUCUUUGUACAACAUAUCUAGCCAUAGAUUUUAUUUUUGUGUGAAUGUGUUGUAAUGUAGUAUAUAUAGCUGCAUGAUUAUGUAGAUCUUCUAGCUGUUGGUGUGAUUAGUUGGCUUUUUAAAGCCAUAUCAAACCCCCAUUUCAAUGGGUUUUGAUCAGUUCUCUUAAUUUUCACAAUUGAAUAAUGUGAAUUGUGUUUUGAAUUUGAUAUUUUCUGUAAUCAAAACAAAUUUUGCAUCCA